GUAACACGAGCCACCCCAUAAAUACUUUUAGUUGUCGCAAAAAGAAUUUUUACAGAGCCCGAAGGAAGAAGCAAGCUAAUUCUAAAUACUGCAAUUGCCUUAAUUAAGGGAUGACAUAUAAUUCGGACAUCCCCUUAAAACUCAUCGGUAAUUAAAUAAAUCGUAAUUAUAUAUAGCGAAAUUAGAAUUUCCUAAUUUGCUUUAAGAAUAGGCGUGAGCGACACCGUGGAACAGCUACAAAAAUAUUAUUUAGUGAUCGGAGACCCGGUAAUUGAAAAAUUCUACUGCAACAGUUUUAUAUAAAACGGCUGUGAUCAGCAAGUAGGGAUUAAUAAACCAAUUGGAUAACUAUUAAUAGCCAUUGGUCUUAUUUCUUUCACACAGAUCAUUAUGACUAACGUUAAAGAUUUGGAAAAGGGUGGUGACGAUUACGUCCCUAUUAUUGUACAACCUACCAAGAAAGUAGCAAAGAAUUCUAAUGCUAGUAUUAUUCAUAAAAUUCUGACAUUACUUAUUAUUGGUGGAAUUUUAUUAUUUGGUUAUAAUCAUUACUCAUCUGAUAAUGAUAAUAAAUCCCUUACUAAUUUGUUAGGUCUCCCAUGGUAUCAACCUCAACCUCCUUAUUAUUCAAAUCCAAAUUCUGCUUCUGAAAUUAUUUAUGAAAUUCAACCUCCAGUUGAAUUAUCUAAUUUUAAAGAAUAUAAUACCACUAUUUUAUUUGACGAAGAAGAAUUGAAAGAUGGAUUAGUGAAUCAUUUCAAAAUCCCUCAUCCAUCUCAUGGAAGAUUUAAUGGAGCAUUUUUAACCUUAAAUUUUACUAAUAAAAAUGUCGUUUCUGAAGUGAUUUCUGAUUCUUUUGCAGUCAUUGAAAUAUCAAUUGAUGGUCAUCCAGUUUGGAGAACUUCUACUCCUUAUGGUGAUACUGAUUCUUUUAGUUUCAGUUCUUCAUACUCCAACAUUUCCGAUUACAUUUCCAUUUUAUCAUCUCAUGGUAAACAUCAUAAAAAGAAUCGUUCCAGCAAACAUGAAGUUUCCAUUGCUGUAUUAGAAGGAUCUAUAUCUUUGGUUGAUGUUUCUUUAAGUUUAACUCUUACAAAGAGUGAACAUUCCAAAAAUCAUUCAGAAGAAAAGAAUAAAAUCAUUUCUGCUCAAGAUAUCUUUUUAAGUUCAAAACCUGCCAGUAAUGUGAUUGCUUUAGUUAAUGAAGAUAAAAAAUUCUUUACUGUUCCAAAUAAAGAUCAAUUCAAAAUUAAUUUACCAAAAAUUUCUUCAAGCUUUACCAUUGCUAAAUUAAACUUAUUUAUUUCUGCUACAGCAGAAGAAAUUGGAUAUUUCAAGAAUGAUGAUGAUCCAAUACGUCAUUUAAAUGUUUUCAUUGGUGGUAACUAUGUUUCUACUAUUAUUCCAAAAGCUAGUUUGUUUCAUACUGAAUCAAUCAGUAAAGUCUUACCAGAUGAUUUCAACCCUGUUGUUGAUUUUGGUAAUUUUGUUGGAUUAACUUAUGAAGUGGAUUUAAUUAAUGUUUUACCACUCUUAUGGAAUGCUGAUAAAGAAGAAGGUGUAGAUUUGGAAAUCUUUGUUGCUUCUCCUAUUAAUGAUUUAUCUUCUCAACGAUUGCAUAGUAUUUCAGAACCAAUUACUAAAGACUCAACUCAAUCAGUUAAAGAUUCAUGGUUCAUUAGUGGUAAUUUAUUAUUGUGGAAUAACAAUAGAUUAAUUUCAAAGUCACAUGGUGAAGUUAUUGCACCAUCUACAAAGCAAACCAGUUCUGGUGUUUUUAGAAAUCCUCCAAAGUUUUCUCCAUGGCAACCAACUUUGAAAGAUGAAGUUGCUGAACAUCGUAUUUCUGCUAAUUCAACUAGUUCUUACCAAUUCAAACUUCACAAUAACGAAACUUUGAAUUUCACUGUUGCUUCUAAAUUAAGUACCUAUAAUGUCUUAACUAAACAUGAACGUAUAAUCACGAGAGGAUUCGGUUCUAAGACUACCACAACUGAUUUAGGUUUAGUUUAUAUUAGCUCUAAAGAAGAAGAAGUUGAAAUAACUGAUAACUUAACCAACAGUACUUCUUUGAAGUUAGGUUCUUCAACCAGUUUCCCAAUUAAUUUAUCUGAGACUAAGAUUGAGAGUGGAAGUUUACCAGAUGAUAUUUCUGUUAAGGUAGUCCUUGAUUCCAAAUAUCAAGUUUCACUCAAUGGAGAAGUUGUUAACAAGAUUAAGGUUCAAGAGAAUAUUGUUGAUAGACCUGAGGGUUCACCAAUCAUUAGUGUUCACUACCAAAACAAUGACUUCAAGAAGAGUGUUCUGAUAGUUAACGGUAAUGUGGUUGAAAAUUAAAUCAACUAAUAUUACGUCGAUUUAUUUCUUAUGCGUUUAUUUAAUACCUUUAAUUUUACGGGGAUAUAUGAUUAAUUUUAUGUUAUGUUGUGUUAGUUUGAUUUGGCUGCGAAAUUUAAAG